CCUUUAAAAGAGCCGGCUCUUUGAACCGUCUCGUUCGGGACCUACACAUCACUAGUCACAUGACGCAGCAACAAAUACUCAACAUCUUCACCGUUGUCUCUGCAGCUUUUUGGAAAUAACUCAUAAGACCUACAUUAAUGAAUACACAGUGAAACAGGUUAUAAAAGCAGUCUGGGUCAGCAGAGUCGUUGCAUAUGGAGGUAAAGGAGAUGGAAGAUGAAGGACCUUCGCUCCAGAUUGAACCCCCACACAGUGAAGAUCUCCAGCAGGGAUCACUGCGUCUGGAAAGCUCAGCCCCUGCAGAGGACGUGUUUGUGGAUAAGGAAGCAGUGGACAAACUCACCGAGGGAUUACUCUCUCACUACCUACCAGACCUACAGAACUCUAAACGAGCCCUACAAGAGCUCACACAAAAUCAGCUGGUAUUGUUAGACACGCUGGACCAAGAAGUCACCAAGUUCAGAGACUGUAAUGCCUUACUGGACCUCAAUUCACUGUUUACAGAGGCGAAGGUUUACCACAAUAAACUGGUGAACGUCAGGAAAGAGAUGAUUAUGCUCCACGAAAAAACAACUAAACUAAAGAAACGAGCUUUGAAGCUGCAGCAGCAGAAGCAGAAGGAGGCGCUGGAGAAGGAGCAGCAACGUGAGAAGGAGCUCGAGAGAGAGAGGCAGCUUGUUGCCAAACCUGCGAAAAGAACUUAGGAUCCCCAAGUAUGUCUGCUGUAUUAAUGGAUCAUACAGGUGAUUUUGCAUGCCUUAGUCUAUUUAUUACAUAUCAACUAUAUGUUACAUUACUGCUGACCAUUUUCCAAAGCAAAGGUAUUUUAUAAUUUUUUUUUAAAGAUAAUUUUUUGAGCAUUUUUGCCUUUAUUUGACAGAAUACAUUAGAGAAUCAGACGAGAUGAGAUAAAGAUAAGAUUUCCAACCAGAUCCAGACAGCCAUUUUUCCCACUCAUUUUGGUAUUGUAUUAAGGGGGACAUAUCAUGAAAAACUCACUUUUCCAGUGCUUGUGCUCAUACAUUUGGGUAUCUGGAGUAUCUACCAACCCACAAACUGUGAAAUAGAUGUCUAGAUCAGAGAACGUGAUUCAACAAGCCAUUCAGGUUUGGCUCCCCUUCCUAUGUCACAUGCAGGUGCAUUAGAAUAUAUCGCUCACGGCUUGAGAACUAGCUGUGUGAUCCAAUACCCAUACUACCAUACUAUUUAGUAUGAAAGA